AUGACGACCACGGCGAGCGCGGCUGCGGUUGCUGAAAUGAUCGAGAACGGAGCGUUCGGACCGGAUAGCCGAUUCGUGUCGUUCGCUCUGGACGGCCAGCAUACCGAACGGGAUCAGUUCGCUUCAUCGGUACUGUACGGUACGGUUGCUGUCGAGGAUCGUGACUGCCAACACCAAAUACAUCGAUUAGUGUUCAAGUUCAAACACCCGAUGCCUGAGAUGCGGGACUUAAUUAAGAACGACAAGCAGUUCCACAAUGAAAUACUGUUCUACGAACGGAUUGCACCGUUCCUGUUGGGCUGCUCCUCGCAGGGCGACAGAGACGAUUCCGCGACGCCAUCGCUCUGUCGUUACUUUUACGGGCGCAACGACUGCAGUGACCUGGCGCCACGGGAUGUGAUCGUCUUGGAAAACGAGUCUGACCGCGGAUACCGGUCUGCGGUAACCGAACAUCGGCUGUGUUUGGAUUUCGAACACCUGAUCGUGGCACUCAGAUCUCUAGCAAAGUUUCACAGUUUAUCAUACAGAGCCAAGCACGUGGACCGAAUCAAGUUCAUGGAUCUGGUGGUAAAGGUGAAGGACACGCAGUUUGACGAUGAUGGGCAGUGGCUUGUAAUAGGCAGACGAAUUGAAGAUCUGCUCUCCUUGGCUCUGGACACGCUAAAGGUACGUCGCGGCAAUGGUGGUGAAGAUGACCAACGUGAGCAAAGGUUUCGGACGGAGCUGUUGGCCGAUGGGAUCAAGACGCUGAAACGUGUAAUGGAACCUGUCGAACCGCUUUCCGUCCUGUGCCACGGCGACUUCAACCGAAACAACCUGCUGUUCCGGUACGAUGAUGGAGGCCGGCCGGUGGACGCGCUGGCGUACGACAUGGCCACCGUCCGGUACGGGUCGCCUGCUCUCGACUUGUCCUUCUUCUUGUACAUGAACACUGACCGCCGGACUCGGGAAGAUCACUGGGACGCACUGCUUGACGCCUACUGCGAAACGCUGAACACUGUCGCCGGUGACGUCCCGGUGCCGGACCGUAGUCGGUUGGAUGUCGAAAUCCGUGAGCACGCGUUCUACGGGUUGGCACAUGGGGCGUUUUUCUUGCGGAUCAUGUUGGAGGAACAGAAACCAAUCGAUCCAUUGGAGUUCAUUGAAAUGUCCAACGAUAAGGUUUUGGAGAUUCUGUUGUCAUUUGGUGGUGAACUGGCCACCGAAUGGGUGGCUGACAUCGUCCAACACUAUUUGGACACGUCGUAUGCCAAAACAUGA